AUGCUCUACUCGACCUUUAUCUCCGGUGCCGUUCUGGCCAUGCUGCAGGUCCUACCUGUCAGCGCAAUGCCAGCAACUGCUCCGAGCAGUGAAGGCCCCCUCGCUGGUUACGGCAUCGAAGACAUCACUUGGGAGCUCGAGACCGAGUCCGGUGCUACUGUCAACCUCACGGGCACUAUUGAACAGGUCCUGCAAUACGCCGAGUUGAACCAAAUCCCUCUUAAGCAGAAUCCCGAUUACAAUGUUUCCGAUGCUUCUUCCUCCUCCUCUACCAGCAUCCAUGCUAGGGCGGGGGAGACUCUGGAUUGCAAUGUAGCGCAGUUGAACCUAGCUCGCGUGGACAAGAUUAACGACGGCGUUACGUAUCUUCGACAAGUCGCGGGCAAGCCGGCCAACGGUCCUGGCCCGAACAACUGCGGCCGGGUCAGCUGCUCGUGGAACUCGGCGAUUUAUUGGUGCAACGACAACACCGUGGCAAAGACACUUGGCACCUACAACCACAUCGCUGAUGGCGCUCAGUUCAUCCUUAACAACUGCCCCUACCAUGAGAUGGGUAUUUUUUACAUGGGCGUUAAGGGUUGGGUUUCUAUGCCGGAUAAGUGGAGGGUCGUUAUUACGACCAAUGCUUGCUGA